AUGUACAUACCGCACGCGAUUGUCCCUUACGGGCAUCGCUACGCCCGUGGACAAACGCGCCCCGCGCUGUUCGCACCGUUGUUCCAACACCGACAACCACUCUCCCUCAUACAGAAGGCGGCCUUGGAAUUGCGGAAUUCUACUGGCGUGAUCACCAGUUAUGGUUGCAGGAAUGUGGCUACAUGCUUCGACCUCGAUAUAAACCUGAUUGGGUCCCCUCCUGGCUGGGCACCAAGAAACAUUUCUCCGAUUGCGAGGAUGGGUUUAUGUCGCAAGAUAUCGGACGGUGCUAUGGUAUCGCUCAAGAAAGUCUCUACUGCUGUCCACCCCCAUGAGGCCGAUAUUGGGUCAUAUCUUUGUUCCAACGAGCUGAGAUCUGACCCGGACAAUCCCUGCGUACCGCUAUACGAUGUUCUCAAGGACCCUCUUGAAGAGGAUAUAGUCAUUCUGGUCAUGCCUUUGCUCAGGAAAUGUAACGACCCCGAGUUCGGAACCGUCGGGGGAGUAGUGGGGCUCAUACGGCAGCUCGUUAACGGCUUGAAAUUCAUGCACGUACAUCACGUCGCCCAUCGGGAUAUGAACCGAGAUUUCACCGGUACGGCUAGACAUUAUUCCCGUACAGAGCGUCCGACAAAAUACUACUAUGUGGACUUCGGUCUAUCGCGCAAGUACAGCCCCGACGAGUACCCGCCUCGCAAACUACCUAUCCUGGGAGGGGACAAGAGCGUGCCCGAGUUUCAAGGCGAGGGUUACGACGAAGCUGUAGACCCAUUCCCAACAGAUAUAUACUACCUCGGGAACCUUAUCCGAAUGGCGUUCACGAUGCGCUACGAAAAUUUCCGUUUCAUGGAUGCGCUCAUUGCAGAUAUGGUGCAGAACGAUCCUCAGAAACGCCCGCCUAUCGAGGAAGUUUCCUCUCGAUUUAUUGAGGCCACGUCUAAGUUGUCCUCUCGAAUCCUUCGUGGUCGUCUCGUAGAGAGAGAUGAACCACCCGUCAUCCGUUUUCUCUUCGGUCUCGGACAUUUGUUUAGGACGGCGAAUCAGCAUAGAGCCAGGUUACCCAGCCUUGGACGUACCACGACGCUCUUAGGCAGCAACGACUUCAGCAGCCUCGGUGCGACGCCAGUAUGCUGUAUCGAGCGCGCCAGCAGAUACUUCUUCCCCGCGACGCCAGUACGCUGUGUCGAGCGCACCAGCGGAAACUUCCUCAUCGCGACGCCAAUAAGCCGUGUCGAGAGCGCCGGCCGACACAUCUUCGUCGCGGCGCCAGUACGCUGUGUCAAGCGCACCAGCCGAGACGUCCUCGGCACGACGCUCGACUUCCCCGACGUUUGCACGAUUCUCUGCCGAGCAGGCUAUGGUUCAGCAUGA